GAGGUGCCGGCACGCCGCCACUCUCCUCCAACACCACCUCCAACACUCCUCCCAGCCUCGCUCUCCACCCUCCGCCCGAUACUUGUACUUUGUCUUAAUUAACGGCGUUCAUACAGUGAGAGACGGGUCGUGUGUGUUGAGCAGGAAGCAGACAUCAUGGAGGAACAACAGCUGUUCGUAAUUUCUCCAGAUUGUGAAGAACUCACGCUUAUGGAUACUGAGGGUGGAAUCUUGGUGGAACAAGGACCAUUUUCAAUAACUAUCCCAUCUGGACAGCAGCCACAGCAGCAGAGUCAGCAGCAAGUCAUUUACACCCAACCACAGCAGGCUGUGUACACUGCACCACAGCAAGUACAACAGAGGGUAGUGUACUCUUCACAGCAACAGCACCAACAGGUGUUUCAAGUUGGUCCACCCCACCCUCAGCAGGUUGUGUUUGCUGGAAAUACCCCUGUGAAGCCACAGCCCCCACAGGCACAACACCCUCAGCAAAUACUCCUGCAGCAACAACAGAUAACACAACAGCAAUUGUUACAGCAGCAGCAGCAGCAGCAACAACAACAGCAGCAGCAGCAGCAGCAGCAACAGCAGCAGCAACAACAACAGCAGCAGCAACAGCAGCAGUUUAUUGCACCUCAAAAUCAAAGGAUCAAUAGAACGCAACUGACGCAAGAGCAGGUGAGACAGCAGGUACAACACAAGUCAUACCAUCUUCAGCUGCAGCAGCAACACAACAACCAACAACAGGUACAACAAUUGCCUUUGCAACAAGUGCAACAGCAACAACCAAAACUAGUACAACAAGGAUCGGCUCCUCUUCAACAACAGCUUGUGGUACAACAGCAGCAGCUUCAGCCACAACAAAUACUUCAAGCUGGACAACAGGCAGCGCCUCAACAGAUCACAUACCUAGAGCAUACACUUGAAGAUGAUAAAGGAUACAUGCAUAUUCUACGAACCCCAAUCAGCUUGAGCAGCGUGCGUGCCCGUUCCCCAGCACAGGUGGGUGGACAAGCACAAUUGACACAGUCUACACCUCUAUUGCCAUCACACUCAUCCACGCAUGUAUCUCCUGUGCUGAGUGGUCAAGGUUUACAUGCAGCCAACUCACAGGUUCCAGCUUCUAUAGCUCCUUCUAGGGGUCAGGGGACCAGGCUUCAACGAAACAGUCCCUUGCGGAGACACGGCUCUCCAGUCCUUCAGCAGCAACAGCAGGAUGAACAAGCUUCAUAUCAAGACCAGUAUUUAAAACAGCUUGAAAACCGACUGCACACCCAACAGAAGGGUAGUUGCCGAGGCAAGGUAAACAAACCGAAUACUGCACAGCAGCGUAGGAUGCUUUCACAACAACUUGGGACCCAGCACCAACAACAAAAGCAACAGGUUGCAGGAGUGCACAUUAAUCAGCCUGUUGUGUGUGGUGCAACAGGCAUCCUGCCAACUGGUGUUGGUACUCAGUCAUUAGAGCAGCAGCAACAGAAACACACAUCUCCACAGUCACCAACUUCAACCAAAAAGCUGUCAUUAAGCCAGUAUCGUCAGAGGAUAUCCCACGAGUUAAAACAUCAACAGCAGCAGCAGUCUCAGAAGUUAGUUACUCAGGCCCAAGCAACAUCCUCUGGUGAAGAACUCAGAAUACCCGUGUCGACAAACAAUGCCCUGAAUCAGCAGUACUACUAUGUGCAGCGUCCUGAUGGCAAGAAAGUGUUGGCAGUAGUUCCUAUUGGUCAUACUAUUUCAACAACCGUUGCCCAACACACUCCCAAUUCUGCUUUGUCCACCAUGACAACUGCAGUCUCCUUAUUACACAGGGCAUCACACUUAAGCAAAUCGACAGCAGGAAGCAAUACAGUUUUAACUGUUAAGCAGGAAGAUGGAGUGGUAUUGGCAGGAACAGCGGGAACAAAUGUACAGUCUUCAUCUGCGAUGUCCACCUUACCACCUUCCUCCACUGCCGUUUCUUCCACAAACCCACCUUCCGCAUCUCCACUCCAAGAACAAUCUGUCCAUUCAACAGUGUCAGCAGAACAAAAGGAGAAAGAUCCAACUGAUAAGCCUCGAUACAUUGCUGGCCGUAUAGCAGUUUGUACCAACUGUGGCAUUCUCAGCGAGGACCUAAAUCGUUGCCAAAGAUGCAAUCACAGGUUACCCAACCAUGUGCGAACCCUUUCCUCUGCACCCACUACUACCACCACAACCACCACCACCACAACCGCCACCAAGACUUCCACUAAUGACUCUGUGGCUAUUUCUAACAGAGGGCUUGCAAAUUUACCACAAGUGUCAAAACAGGAAUUCUAUGGAAAGACAGGAGGUGGGGCAAGAAAAGGAGUGGAGAAAAAAUCAACACCACCUGCUCCCCAGAAGUCUAAAGGACGAGGUAGAGGAAGAGGCAAGACUUAUGAAGAGCCUGUGAUCCUGACACUGUCCUCGGAUGAAGAAGACGAUGGUGGUGGGUCAUCUGGAUCAGCCUACACAGGAGGAUCUCGCUCUCCUCAGUCUGGUUCACAGCCAUUUGGACCACCAGAGCCCAUCAGUCAAAAAGAACCCAUUAUAACUCCAGAUAUGGAAAACUUUGAUGACAUGGAGGAGAUGGAUAAUAGUGGUGCAGUGACUGGUGGAGGUUUACCUGAUCUCCAAAGUUUGUUGGAUGGUACUCUGAAGGGUCCUUACACAUCACUUCAGUGUCGGAGCAUCAGAGUGGGUUCCUAUAAAGUUAUGCCUAAAGAGAGAGUUCUUAUUGUCCCACAAGGCCUCAGGAUAAAGAUUCCUCCAAUCACAGAGGGUUCUGGCGAUUCAGUAACGUUUGACAUUCCAAUCAAAAGUGUUGUGAAAAUUCUUGUUCAUUUUGGGAGGUCACUUCCUGUUUUCUUUAUUUAUAUUAAGCCUUCAACAGCUGCUGUUAUAAGAAGAUCACUGAAGAUGACAGACAAAAGUGGAUACUAUUUUGACCCAUGUAGUUACGAAGAAUCACAGAAGCGUAUAACAAUCCUUCCAGAUAGAUUAACCGAAGAAAAUAAAAACUUGGUCAAAGAAAUUUUAAGUUCUUCAAAUGCACACACAAGUGACAUUGGAAAUGUCACUUCAACAGUGCCAACUGAAAGCUUCAAUAUCAUGGAAGAAUUAGAUCAAAGAGAGGCCAAUGAAAUACUUGUGAGGUCAUCUCCUGUGGAAGUACAGAGCAUAGUGAAAAAAACGGUUUCGUCUACCACAAAUGAAUCUAGAAUGUUGUUAAUUUAUCCACCACCACCACAAAAAGGAGGAAUCUCUAUAUCCACAGAUGAUUAUUGUUGUCUAGAGGAUGAACAGUUUCUCAAUGAUGUAAUUAUUGAUUUCUACCUCAAGUGGCUACUGCAAAGCAAGUUAUCAGAGAUACACAGGUUGCACACACAUGUGUUUUCUACAUUUUUCUAUAAACGACUCACUUCAAAGCCCAAGAAACGAAGACUCAAUGCACCGGAGGACGACCCCAAGCUUACUGCAGCUGAGAAGAGACAUGCGCGGGUUAAGUCUUGGACAAAAAGUGUAGAUAUUUUUUCUAAGGACUUCAUCAUAAUUCCUAUUAAUGAACAUGCGCACUGGUUUCUGGCCAUUAUAUGCUUCCCUGGCUUGGAUUGUCCUGUACGGAUGUCAGAUGGUCAGCCUAUUCCACUUCCAGUUACGGAUAAAUUACAGAAACGGAGGUCCAACAGACCAAGGAAUAGGAUUGAGCAGAUCCCUGUUAUUGAUGACGGGGAGUGGAGUGAUCGUGACGAAGCUGAGGGAGACGAAGAUGAACUGGAGGAGGAUGAAGAGGAGGAGGAGGAGGAAGACAGUCCACCAAGUAAAAAGAAUAAGGUUGAUGAGAAAAAUAAUGAAGAAACUCGUGCUGAUAAACCAGAGACUCCAGCAGCUUCAUCGGCCAUUAAACAGCCUUGUAUUUUGAUCUUCGACUCUCUCACUGGAGCAAACCGAGCACGGAUUGUUGCUACUCUGCGGGACUAUCUCAUGGUGGAACAUAGACUAAGGAAAGGGUCAGAGAAAGCUUAUAACAGAGACACCAUGAAGGGUGCAUGCCCAAGAGUGCCACAGCAGAUGAACUAUUCAGACUGUGGCAUUUACACUUUACAAUUUGCAGAAAGUUUCUUUGAGCAUCCAUUGAAAGACUACACAUUCCCAAUUCGUACACUUACCGAGUGGUUCCCUCAAGAGGUAGUGAGAGGGAAGCGUGAAGCUAUUGCAAAAUUGAUUGGAAACCUAAUGGAACAGCACAACCCUAAUCAUGCUUCCAUAACACUACCCGAAAUCUUAUUUUCUUCUGACGAUAAGAAGGACAAGGACGAUAUGAGUUUACCUCACAUUGGGGCUGCUCCAGAAGCUCAAGAUGGCCCCUCUUCAGUUAAUAACUCUGUCAACAGGAUAGCUGGAAACACCUUACAAACUGAAUUUUCAUGUCAGGAAAAUAGCAAGACUGAAAAUGUAAUGGGUAAAGAGGGAAGGGCUUCUGUGGGAGUUAGCAUAUCAAAAGAACCAAAACAUAAUUUGAAUAAUUUGUGUCCUAAUACAUUAAGUGAGAGAAAGUGCAGUGAGGCAGAGGUAAAGGCUCACCAAUUGAAUGAUAGCAGUACAGUUACAAAAUCUAUUAGUAUACCUAAUACAAUCACACCAACUAAAACUGUUUCAAGUAAACUACUUUCAGCAAAAAUUCCUGUUAGUUUUGAUCUGAUCAAGAGUGAGCCAACUCUUUCUCUGCCAACAAACCAGUCUAAUACCAAUAAAUAUUCCAUAGCAGCCUAUUCACAUGAGAAAAGUGCAUCUUCCCAAAAGUUGGGUAACACUAUCAUUACACAAGAAACACACAAUAAUGUGAAAAGGCAAGUUGUUUUUGAGAGUGACGACUCUAUUUUUCCAGCGAAAGUCGAUAAAAAAAAAAAUCCAAUGAAAGAAAAUAACACAACACAAAUUAAGGAAGCGCGCUUAGUCAGCGAGUUAAAUGCUCGGAAUAAAAGUGGGCUUAGUUUCCUUCAAGCAGUAUAUAAUGAUGAUGGUUUAGAUGAAGGAACUCGGAUGAAUAGUAAUAAGACUGAUGUUCAGUUUAAUGGUGAUAAUUCUGCCAUGAGUGGAACUAAGAAUAUUUUGACUCCUGAUAUGACUGGUAUGCAUGGCCAAGUUGUGUAUGAUAAUAAGUUAAUGAAAGAUAAGUUAAAAAUUGCUGAAACCAAGGCAAAACACAUAAAUGGAACAGUUGAAACUGUUGUUAAAGGUGAUCAGUUAAUACAAGGUGUUCCCAAUACACACACUGCGCAUAGCUCGGCAGUUAUGUUUGACAAGCCCAAGAGCCUCUAUUCUCAGGCUCCUAGUGUUGCACAAAUGUCAUCACCACCACUGAAAUAUUCUGUAGCUCCUAAGAAUUCCAGUGUUUCAGUUCAAAGUCAUAGCAAUGCUACUAAUCCAUUUACACCUGCAGCCGUUAAAUCUUUUGCACAAUCAGUCACAACUCCUCAGGCAAGAAGAUUAUCAGGAUUAGCAAAAACUGCUUUAAGUUCAAGUUCUUGCAUUGUAAAUGAUGAUAUUUCUUCAGAUUCAGUGAAGUCAGUUGACUCGUCAAGACAAACUGCUAUUAUUGAUAGAGACACGGCGGAAGUUUUGCUCAUUAUGAAUCCAACGAGUCCCGUUUCGAACCACUCUAGAUCCAGCAAACCUUCAUUAGGAGAUUCACCUGCAGAACAGCAGAAUAUAUUUAUUGAUGAGGAUUCAAAUUAUGGAAAUGUAGUUGGAAGCUCUGAUAGACAAUUGGGGAAGACUGCUCCAUCACCCUCAUCAAGUAGACCAGUAUUGUCAUCCACACACGAUCGUGGUUGCCAUCCCAGUUCUCCAGGGCGCAGAAGUGUUAGCGAAUACAGCAGUCAUGCUGCUCCUGGUUCUUCGUCCCCAACACUAACUGGACCCUCAACUCCAGCAGUAUUUAGGUUCAACGAGCGUGUCAGCUCCUCGGGUAGGACGAUUGCGCCUCCAAAACGCUACCUAGAUGAUGAUGAAGCAAUGUAUGCCAAGAAGCGCCGUGAUAAGCCAGGACAGGGUAAACCACGUAAUGUUCUUAGAUAGGUAUGGGAUAGUUUAAAAAGUUAUGAAGUUUAAUGUGGCCAAAAAUAUGAAUUUUAGAGGUAAAAAGCUUAGUGAUGAAAAUUGAACAUGCUUUUCCUCUAGGGAGUAAUUCAGGAUAAAUGAUAAAAAUUCAAUGUAGAAAAUAAAGAAAGUUGUCUGCUGUGAAGACUUGAAAGGUUUAUAAUACACCUAAGGAUUCUUGUCCAUUGAUAUGAAGAAUUCUCAAUUCAAGUACAAGUGAAUGUUGUAGCCAAGAGGGUUUUUUUGUUUUUUGUUUUUCCCAAGAUUCAUUAGUAUCACUUCAUUCUGAAUUUUGUUAAUUAUUGCCUAGACCAUAACAUUAAUAGUUAAUAAACAUUGCACAUUCUUAAAGCCCCACAUCUGAGUUGUUAGAAUCAUACCAGGUUCUAUAUUAUUGGACACUUAAUUUAUGUUAUCAGACAAAUUAAUGAGACUGAAGUAUUUUGAAAAAUGCAGUUUAAGGUUUACCUGCAUUAAAUUGUACUUUAUAUAAAGUGAGAAGGCAGCAUAACCAUCCCACCAUGGCUUGACGAGGUACUUGGUGUGAAAUGCACUUGCAAGUGAUACUACACGAGCCACACUGUCGGAGAAUUGUCAAGAGUGGUUUUUGGCGUUUCUUUUUUUCUCUGUUAAGAUUAUAAGUGACCGAAUAUCAGUAUAGUAAUAACUUUCAUCCCUAGCAAAGAAUUGGCUUAACCAGGUACAUUAUAAACAAAUUAACAUUCAAAAUUGGGUAUUCAUUACUGACAUGAAGAAGACUACAGGUGGAUUGCAGAUAUGCCUGGUAAUUGACAAUUUACUCUUAUUUUCAAAUGAAGUUAUAUUAAAGAUAAUAUAUAUAUUGUAUUUGUAUUUAUAUUUUUCAUGCACAAGUUUGAACAUAAAAAUGAAAGAGGACAUCCAUGUUGUAUUUAUAAAUUGUUGGUGUUAGAUAUUAUUGUGGAGAAGUUGAGGAUAUGAACUACAAAUCUGCUAUGUUAGCAGUAUACAAAACACACACACACACACACACACACAUUAAUAAUUUUAUUUGUUUUCACAUUGUUGUGAAAAUCAGUUUGAUAAAUACAGUAUAUACAUAUCCACUGGUCUAAUCCUUAGACAUAUGUAUAUAAAGCCAAUGUCAAUACCAUAUAGUCAGGUUUGUGUAUGGAUACGUUUAUAUUGGACAGCUUUGGAACUCCCAAAAUAUCUCUCAGGAAAGCAACAAAAAAGUUAAAUCAAUGAGGUUUAAUAAUUUUUGCAGUUAUAAUGUAAGUAAUGAACCUCUUGUACAAAUUUGCAGUUUAACUUAAAACUUUGUACAAUGUUGCACUUGAGUUACUACUUCUUAAAUAGCAAUGACAGAAGGAACAUAGACAUUAACAAGAUCAUAGAUUUGUGUCCCUUGUAUAUAUAUUGAUUGGAGAAAAAUCUGUAAGUAACGGUGCUCUGUAUGCAAGUUCAAUAAUGUAUAGGCCUGAAAUGGAAUCUCUUGGAUAAAAUGAUUAUUUAUGGUGAUAAAUGUGAAAUGAAAUUCCUGACAUCCUAUAUCAUGUGUUUUAGCACACUGGAAGGUGUUUGCAGAGAUCAUGUCUUGCAACACAUUUUCAACAUAAUCUGGAUUGCAAAUCUGUGAUGAAUAUUAUCCUGUGUGACCAGAAAUGUUUCUCUUCAACACCUUGUUAUUGAUAUGUAAAUAUGUAUGUAAAUGUCUGGCAUGUGUAUACAGUACAGUUAAUUGUUUUCACUGGUUCAAUUUGUUUAUUUUUACGUUACUUUUCCUAGAGUUUUUUUUUUUUUUUUUUAUGUAUAGUGUGUAAUUUCCAUGUUUCUUUUAUGCCUCGCCUACUAAGUUUUUCAUAAGUUGCUUGUGUCAUUUGUAGUAAUAUUUAUAAUAGGACCAAAAUUCUUUUCUGGGUAAUGUUGAAGGGUGUUGUGAGUUGGGUCAGGAGUUUGUGAUGCAACUUAAUUAUAAAUUUAAAUGUUUGUUGUUUUGUUUGAUUAAUAGAUGUUUAGGAAGAUGUUUUUGGUCACACAUUUCAUUAUAAAGGUUCUGAAAUAAAUUUCCAUAAUAUUGGAGAAUUAAACUCCAUUUAUUAUUUUGUAAGUAACCUUGCUGUAUGAAUAAAUGAUAUUUUUUCUUUA